UCGCACGUCAAAAAGCUCCGUAAAAAGAGUUCGCAACCUCAGGCUGGUUUUGAUCUAUUUGUUCAUUUGUGUCAACCAAAGCGAGAGCAAAAAUUCCAUAUAUGACACUGCUGAUCAUUAUUGGCCGUUGAAGAACAUCUCAGCCGGCAACAUAAGCUUGGAUUCAGUUAGUCGAAGUUUUGCGCAUGCGAAGAUUGAGAAUGGUGCAAAGUUGAACAAUACGAAGCUUUUUGGUCCAGCUCUGCUGUUAGACGGCGAAGAUGAUUGGAUAAACCUAGGAAUCUUGGGUUCUGAUUGCACGAACAGUCCGUCAAAAUGUACUGACGGCUUCACCAUCUCUUUCUGGUUAUAUUACGUCCGUGGUGAGUUUCUUCUCAGCACUGGUGAAUAUAACAGAGGCGAUACAGGACCUGGAGUCAUGUUUACCGUUCGAGAUAAGUUAUUCGUCAUUGAGGUCUCCACGUUGUCGCAUACCUGGAAGAUUACAUCAAAACUUAUUGCUAAAAAUUGGGUGCACGUGACUUUCCAUUGGACCACAAAUGAAGGAAUUCAUUUGUUUCUCAACGGCAGCGCUGCGCAACAAAAGGUUUUUCAAAAGGAGAAAGUUUCAUAUCCAAAACCAGGAAGUGGUCUUGGCUGGAAGCUGGGGCGACCAAACAUGCUCGCAAAGUUAUCAGAAUAUGGUCAAAUUGGCAUCGCACAUCUCGCUAAGUGGAAGGGAGAGCUCAUGGCUGAUGAAAUAAUAGCAGCGCUUUGUGAAACUAUUUUGAAGGAGAAAAAAGAGAUGGUUGAAAAAGAGCUAAAGUUGAUGGAAAAAGCCCAGACAACUGUUAAACCAGGGAAAACAGACAAACUCAAACCAUCGAAAGAUGCAAGGUCCACGGCCUCGCUCCUCUCAAGUUAUCCUGUGAAACUGUGGGCAGUCAUUUUAGCCUUGUGCGCGAUUCUUUGGCUUUUCUGAAAGUUGUAUUUUAAAUAAUUUAUCCAUAACGCACUCUUUAACGUAGUUAAACUGUACUUAACUCUAAAACAGCUCGAAGUCCAGACUAACUCGUUCGACUGGCUUAGAUAUAAUCUUUCGCAUGAAGCUCCUUGCUUAGUGAGAAAAAACCGGAAGAAAUGGCUGAAUCUGUAUCAUAUAUCUGGUCGGCCAAGCUUGUAAACUUCCUGCUAAUAAAUAUAAAUGUAAAUAACAAUAAUUAUAAACUAAGUUGUAUCUGUUAUAACUAGACUGAAAGUAUAAAUCGAGUAUAAAUAAAAUUUAAAUGAUUUCUGUGCAUGCUGCGAUAGAAUUGAAAUAAAUUAUUGA